AUGAAGCUUGCUCUACGAUUUUACUAUUGCUUCGCUACUGGAGGUCGUCAGAGCCUGUUAAGCGGAUCGUGCAACCCGCCGAUUGCGGAUAUGCUCGAAUCGGCGGGUUUCUUGGCGUUGUGUGGAUUUGUCUCGAUGAUGACGCUCUAUUCAAAGGAGAAGAAUAGAGAAAUUUUGAUAUUUGAUGAUGAUCAGCGUCACAAUGUCAAGGAUUUCCGGGUGCUAAUUGCCCUCGUCAUUUGCUAUACUAUGCACGUGGCUCGGCAACUGAUUUCGGAUUCCACCCGUGACACCAUCAUUUCGAUUCACACGUUCAGCGCGUCCUUGCGAACCUACACCCUACUUAUAUUCGCUACCGUAACCCCCUGGGCGCUCACUAUAUUCCAUCGAACAAUCCGACAACGCCUGUUUGAUUUGAAAUGCUCGAAAAAGGUCGGAAUCCCCGGUGGCUUUGUGAGAAUCGACGCACCGGCAUUU